AUGUCUGAACGCAAAGUCCUCCAGAAGUACUACCCUCCCGACUUCGAUCCAAGCAAGAUUUCACGCAACAAGAGCGACAAGCAAGCGGGUCCCAAGGUGCAGCAAGUACGACUCAUGGCUCCCUUCAGCAUGAAGUGCCUGUCCUGCGGCGAAUACAUCUACAAGGGCCGAAAGUUUAACGCGCGCAAAGAAACUACCGACGAAAAGUACUAUGCCAUCACCAUCUACCGCUUCUACAUCCGUUGCACGAGAUGCAGUGCCGAGAUCACCUUCAAGACGGAUCCGAAGAACAUGGACUACGAGUGCGAGCGUAACGCGCGGCGCAAUUUCGAGCCAUGGCGAGAAGCGAAACUUGCCGAAGAAACCGAGGAGGAGAGGUUGGAUCGCCUGGAGAAGGAGGAGUCGGAGCGGGACAAGAUGCAGGAGCUCGAGAGUAAGACGCUAGACGCGAAGGCGGAGAUGCAGGUGGCCGACGCACUUGACUCCAUACGUACGCGGAACGCGCGGCUCGAACGAACGGGCAAUGUAGAAAGCAUCUUGGCGCGUGACGAGCCGUCAGACCGGAUGCAGGAAGAAAAGGAAGAUGCAGAAAUUGCGCAGAGAGCUUUUCUGCGUGGCAGCGCCGGGCGGAGAACAAGUGAGGAAGCCAUGGAGGAGAAUCCGCCGCCGCCGCCGCCUGACUUUCGGCGCGUCGUUAAGAAGAAGAAGGAUUUUGGCGCGGCGCUUGGGAUCAAGAAGAAGGCAGCAUCGAGCCAGUAG